GUUUAAUGGGUGUAGACGUUAGCUCUAAGCCUGAUUUCCGUUUAUGUACAAGACAUAUGUCUAAUGUAGAAGAUAAAGAUCCUUAUACUGUGGUAUCAGUUGUUAAGUUGGAAAAAACAGAUAUCGAUGAUGAAAAUAAACUGUUCAGAAAAAGGCAUAAACAAUCUGGUAACAGGUGUAGCUCUAGUUCAGAAGAUGAACCAUUAAGAAAAAAGACCAAAAGAUUUGUCAAAAUGGGAAGCUCUAGUUCAAUGAGUUCUGAAGAUGAAAGUAGAAGUUUGAAGUCUGCACUUGAACUUGAUUUAGGUUCUGCUGUUUUAGGACAACAUGCUGGUCAACUUCUUCUGGAUAUACCAAAAAUGCAAUACACAACAAUCAAGAUACCGGGAAUGAUAGUCAAAGAUACAAAGGUUUAUUUUACCUUGCUGGAUAUGUCUGGUGACCAUUAUUACAAACUAUGUAAACGAAUGACAUUGGAUAAAGAUAGAGAUGUGGCAACAAUCCAUUAUUCCAAACCAUUAGAUAUUCUUAUUGAAGAGGAACGGAACAUCUUGAUUGAAAGUUUUAUGAGGCUUAACAACAUUGAUACUGAACUACCCCAUGCGAUUGACAAAAGUAAAAUAUUUUGAAAUGAGACAAUUUGCUCGGUUGUCAGACUUCAAAGACAUACAUGCCCCAACAUUUUGGACACCAAAUUACCUGAACAUAGGGUAGGUGCAUGGUUGCCAUGGAAACUAUAUUAGCUUGAUUUAAUGUUGACAUAUUUACUUUGUUGAAUGAAGAUUAAAUGAAAAAUAACUCA